GGAUACUCCGCUUAAACUUUAUUUUUCUGAAGGCAGACUUCGUUGCCGACGAGAACAGCGAGCACGACAAAAUGGCCAGUCCUAACGGCACUUCGCACAACCCUAUCGAUGAUGAACUUGAUUUUUCAGACAUCGAAGACAAAUACCGAGUGGACUUUGACGAUGGCUUCGACAGUGUAAUAGUGGUCGACGGCGUGCCUGUCAUCGACAAGUCUAAGCUCGACAAGUUACUCGCAAAGAUUUCCAAGGAGUUUUCCAGAAGAGGGGCUGUGAUAAAGCCUGAUGACAUUUUCGUACCAUGGGACGACAAUGCAGGAAAAACUAAAGGCUUUGUCUUUGUUGACCUUGGGAACCCAGAUGCGGCUGCCUUUGCGGCCAGCGCAAUGAACGGACAUCCCUUUGACACCAAGCACACUUUCCGUAUCAAUCGAUUCACCGACAUUGAGCGCUAUGCCAACAUUGACGAGACAUACAUCGAACCCGCGGUAGAGGAAUACCGUCCAAAGGAACAUCUUCGGGCAUGGCUCGCUGAUUCUCAAGGACGUGAUCAGUACGUGACUUACCGGGGUGAUGACGUAGAAAUCCACUGGCACGGGAAGCCCUCGCAAUGUGAAGUUGCCUAUGCGAAAAAGAAUUGGACAGAACUCUACGCCUCAUGGUCACCCCUUGGUACAUACUUCGCUACACUUUUUCGCCAGGGUGUCCGCCUAUGGGGUGGACCAUCAUGGGAACCCCAGCAUCGGUUUGCGCACCCUCUCGUCAAGUUGAUUGAUUUUUCUCCAUGCGAAAAUUACCUCGUCACUUGGUCACAUGAUCCUAUCUCAGUCCCUGCCAACCUCCCUCAAGGCCCUGAAUUCUUUUCUCCCGAGGACGAGGGUAAUAACAUUGCCGUCUGGGAUAUCAAAUCCGGUCAACUACUUCGCACGUUUCCCACCGCGGCUUACGAGAACGAGGAUCCAGCGAUGAAAAAACAAAUGCAGUGGCCUGCAUUAAAGUGGAGUUCCGAUGAUAAGUUCGUCGCUCGUGUAACACCAGGGCAGCAGAUCAGUGUCUACGAGUUACCAACCAUGGGUCUUCACGACAAAAAGAGUCUAAAAAUUGAGGGGGUUGUUGACUUUGAAUGGUGCCCUCACGGAGAUAAGGACAAAGAAGACGUGGAGAAGACCGUGAAAGCCGAGAAAGGUGCCAAGAAAAGGGAGAACAUGCUUGCUUACUGGACGCCUGAAGUUGCCAAUCAACCUGCGCGAGUGACUCUCAUUAGUUUCCCGACUCGCACUGUGCUACGACAAAAGAACUUAUUCAAUGUCACAGAGUGUAAGCUUCAUUGGCAAAACCAGGGUGACUUCCUUUGUGUCAAGGUUGACCGUCAUACGAAGACCAAGAAAUCUAUUUUCUGCAAUCUGGAGAUUUUCCGAGUCCGCGAGAAAGACUAUCCCGUUGAAGUUGUCGAGUUGAAAGACACAGUGACGGACUUCUCUUGGGAGCCUAAAGGGGAACGAUUUGCUAUUGUGUCAAGCAAUGAUCCAAACCUCGGUAACCCUGGGCCUGGAAUUACAAUAAAAACCGACAUUGGCUUCUACCAGCUGGAUCGUGCCAAGAAUGAUUUCAAACUGCUACGCACACUUACAUCAAGGACUAGUAACACGAUACGUUGGUCUCCUCGAGGCAGACAUGUAGUUCUUGCGACAGUUGGUUCAUCGACGAAGUCCGAACUCGAGUUCUGGGACCUCGAUUUCAGCACCGAAGAACGCCGAGAAGGCCAAAACGUAAAAGAAGAAUGGGGCAGCGGCAUUCAACAACUUGGUUCUGCCGAUCAUUAUGGUGUAACUGAUGUGGAGUGGGAUCCAAGUGGGCGAUACUUGGCUACCAGUGCAAGCGCAUGGAGGCACACGGUCUGUCACACUUGGCUAGUAAUGUGCUGUGCUCAUUGUUUCUGUGUUACACAGCUCGAAAACGGCUACGCUAUUUGGGACUUCCGGGGACAAGAAUUAGAAAAGCACAUCCUUGAUCGCUUCAAGCAAUUCAUCUGGAGACCGCGGCCCCGCAGUCUCCUUACAAAGGAGCAACAGCGGCUGAUUCGCAAGAAUCUGCGGGAGUACAGCCGUGCGUUCGACGAGGAAGACGCUGCGGAGGAAAGCAAUGUCAGUGCUGAGCUUAUCGCUCAUCGUAAGCGCCUCCUUGACGAAUGGAACGCAUGGCGCGCGCGGUGCAAGCGGGAUAUCAUAGAAGAGAAGCGGAGUCGGGGACAAAAACUCAAUGGCGAACACCACGAAGAGGAAAAGGAAGAGAUUGAGGAGUGGGUUGAUGAGGUUAUUGAGCAAACCGAGGAGGAGGUCGUAGAGUGAUUGCUCCGUUGUUGAGGUUGUAUUUAGUCGCAUGCAUACACGUUGUUUUCCCAUGCCCUAGUC